UCUGUGUGUCUUUCUCUUUUGGGCUGUGUUGAGAAGGAAGAUAAACCUGUCAUAGACUCUGCAUGAAAACCAACCAUGAUCUUAAAUGAAGUCUAUGAUUCACCCUAGACGUUCUGAAUCAACCAUCUCCUAAAAAUGAUUAAUCAUUUUUUCAUCCUUUUGCUUUACGUUUUAAAAUGCAGCUCAGAAAAUGUGGCUCAGAAUCAUCUGAAGAUUGUUCAAGCUGGAGACAAUGUUACCUUCACCUGUAUUUAUCCAAAAGAAUUAAGAACCACUGUUGUUUGGGUCAAACAAAAAGCUGGAGAGAAACCCCUUUCAAUCAUUUCAUCAUAUCAAGCUUUAUCUGUCGUGUUUGAAAAUGGCUUUGACAAACAUAAUCGCUUUUUUGUAGCAAAAGAUGAUAGCAGUUUUAAUCUGAGCAUCACCAAUGCAAAAGAAUCAGACACUGCAACAUACUAUUGUGUUAAAUUUAUAUAUCAGUUCAUAUUUGAGGAAGCUACUGAUCUCAUUGUUAAAGGCAGAGAACUAAACAUGCAGUCUGACCAUCAGACAACUGCCACAGAUCCAGUGCAUCCAGAAGACUCUGCAGUGGCGCUGCAGUGCACUGUCCUCACUCAGAGCUGUGCAGGAGAACACAACGUCUACUGGUUCAGACGUGAAUCUGGAGAAUCUCCUCCAGGAAUUAUAUUCACACAGGAGCACAGGAACGCUCAAUGUGAGAGAAGCUCUGAUGUGAACUCUACUGCACACAAAUGCAUCUACAGCCUGCCCAAGAGGAACCUCAGUCUCUCUGAUGCUGGGAUUUACUACUGCGCUGUGGCUGCAUGUGGAGAGAUAUUGUUUGGAGAUGCAAGAAAACCUGACAUGCCAGGUUUUCAGGAACCUUGGAGUAUAAUUGCCCUGAUUUUAGGAACUUUAAACUGUUUAUCAGUGAUUGUGAUCAUAUUUCUGGGCACACAGCUGUACAUGCAGCGACGAAAAGAUGGGAAUAUUCAGACUGGUCACUUAGUGGAUGAAGAUAGAGAUGCAUUGAAUUAUGCUGCUUUGAGCUUUCAACAAAAGUCCAGCGCCCCUAGAAGACCCAGAGAAAAACAUACAAGAUAAUUUAAUAUUUGCACAUGAGAAAUCUAUAUAUUUUGAUAAAAAUAAAUUCUCUGUUGUUUACAAAAAGUACUUUAAUUGAUAAUGAUUACUGAAGUGCUAUUAGAGUACUGCAGUAGUAAAAUAUUUCACAUUUAAAUCAGUGUUUUACUUGCUGUUUUUUAAUUGAUUAUGAAAUUUAUUUGAAAUUUCUGAGAUAAAAAUUGUUUCUGGACAAAAACAAAAAUUAUUCCAUCAAAUAAACUGAUAA